ACCCUCAGAAACCCUGGACUAAUCAUCAACUCUCCAGUUACCCUCAGAAACCCUGGACUAAUCAUCAACUCUCCAGUUACCCUCAGAAACCCUGGACUAAUCAUCAACUCUCCAGUUACCCUCAGAAACCCUGGACUAAUCAUCAACUCUCCAGUUACCCUCAGAAACCCUGGACUAAUCAUCAACCCUCCAGUUACCCUCAGAAACCCUGGACUAAUCAUCAACUCUCCAGUUACCCUCAGAAACCCUGGACUAAUCACCAACUCUCCAGUUACCCUCAGAAACCCUGGACUAAUCAUCAACCCUCCAGUUACCAUCAGAAACCCUGGACUAAUCACCAACCCUCCAGUUACCCUCAGAAACCCUGGACUAAUCAUCAACCCUCCAGUUACCCUCAGAAACCCUGGACUAAUCAUCAACCCUCCCAGUUACCCUCAGAAACCCUGGACUAAUCACCAACCCUCCAGUUACCCUCAGAAACCCUGGACUAAUCAUCAACCCUCCAGUUACCCUCAGAAACCCUGGACUAAUCAUCAACUCUCCAGUUACCCUCAGAAACCCUGGACUAAUCAUCAACCCUCCAGUUACCCUCAGAAACCCUGGACUAAUCAUCAACCCUCCAGUUACCCUCAGAAACCCUGGACUAAUCAUCAACUCUCCAGUUACCCUCAGAAAACCCUGGACUAAUCAUCAACCCUCCAGUUACCCUCAGAAACCCUGGACUAAUCAUCAACCCUCCAGUUACCCUCAGAAACCCUGGACUAAUCAUCAACUCUCCAGUUACCCUCAGAAACCCUGGACUAAUCAUCAACCCUCCAGUUACCCUCAGAAACCCUGGACUAAUCAUCAACCCUCCAGUUACCCUCAGAAACCCUGGACUAAUCACCAACCCUCCAGUUACCCUCAGAAACCCUGGACUAAUCAUCAACCCUCCAGUUACCCUCAGAAACCCUGGACUAAUCAUCAACCCUCCAGUUACCCUCAGAAACCCUGGACUAAUCACCAACCCUCCAGUUACCCUCAGAAACCCUGGACUAAUCAUCAACCCUCCAGUUACCCUCAGAAACCCUGGACUAAUCAUCAAUCCUCCAGUUACCCUCAGAAACCCUGGACUAAUCAUCAACCCUCCAGUUACCCUCAGAAACCCUGGACUAAUCAUCAACCCUCCAGUUACCCUCAGAAACCCUGGACUAAUCAUCAACCCU